AUGAUCUAAAAAACUGAGUACUUAGCUGAUGAAGCCAAAGAAAGGGAAUAUAGAAUUUAAAGUAAGGAUGGUUUAUAUUAAUAAAGGAAUGGAAAAAUAAUUGAUUGAAAAUUAAUUUAGUAAGCAAGCAUAUCCAAAAAAAUAUGAUUAUACUCAUUCCAAAAAUAAUUAUGCAAUUCCAAUAAAUCAAUUAGAUUACAAAUCAUUUUAUCAAUCAUAUAUGCCUUCAGAUUAGAAAUAGUCUCAGAAUUUAUAAUUUCCUUAAAAUAAAACUUCUUCAUUUAAAUUAAGCUAUGAUAUUAAUGAUAAAGAUUUAACACCAAAUAAAAAGCAAUAAUAAUUAUAAUAUAGAGUUAUUUUAUAAAAAUAAGUUGAAGAAAAACAAAUUUUGUUAUAAUAACAAAAAAUAAAGCAUGAAUACACUGAUAUUUUUACUAAUAAUUAGAAUAGUACACCAAAUAAUAAAAUAAACAGUUUAAGUAAGGCUGAAUAUUAGAAUUAUUUGUAAUUGUAAAUUUAAGAAAAAUAAAGCAGUAAUAAAAUAUAUAAUACACCUAUUAAAAAUUAGUAACAUGUUGAGGAGUAGAAUAAAGAUAAAAAUAUUAAAGAAUCAAAGGAAUUUUCAAUAAUUUAAAAGCAAUUAAAAUAAUAUUAAGAAGAAAAAAAAUAAAAAGAUCCUAAACUUUUACUGCAGUAGAAAUUCGAAGAGUCAACAUCAAUUCAUGAAAAAACAAAAGAAAAGUCAUUUUCUCCUGAACAUCAUAAUAAAAAGAAAAAUCUACUUUAGGAAGAUGAAGAGGAAAAAUUUAGAACACAAUAACAGAAGAGUUUUGUUUCUAAAAUUUUGAUAGAAUAAAUAUAAGAGAAAUAAAAAAAAAGAGAUGAAGAGAAGAAGCAAUAAGAGACAGAAGAUAAAAUGGCCGAAGAGAGAUGGAAAAAUGAGGUUUAAAUAAUGAAGGAUGAGAAAAAGAGGGAGGAAGAAUUGAAAAAGGAAUAACAAGGAAGUAAUUGAAUUAUGCUUAAUGAAUUAUUUAGAAAUUCAAUAGGAAAAUAUACGAAUGCAUUAAUUGAAGCUAAAGCAACAAUAAGGGAGAAACAGAAGUAAAUCAAAUACAUUAUAAUAAUCAAAGAUAGAAGAAGAACUUUAAGAAGAAUUGGAAAUGAUUUAAUAAGAAAUAGAAGAGGAUUAAUAAUCAAUUUAAAAAAAUGAAUAGUUGGAAGAAUUAUAAUAAUAAUAAUAAUAAUAAUAAUAAUAAUAAUAAUAAUAAUAAUAAUAAUAAUAAUAAUAAUAAUAAAAUGAAUUUAAUAUUAAACCAAAUAAAACUUUAAGUUAUGUUGAUUAAUAAAAUCUAGAAAUAGAAAAGAUAAAACUAUAAAUGAUCUAAUAAUAAUAGUAAUUAGAAAGACAAAUUCAUGCUGCUAAAAAUUUAGCAUAAAUAGGGUUAUUAGAAGGAAAGAAUAGAAUCGAAAAAGAAUUAAUUUUAUAAAAAAAUAAAAAUAAUAAACAUUUUAAUGAAGAUUAUGCAAUUGCUUUGUUAAGUAAAAAUUAAAGUAAAUAUGAAUAUGAAUUACCCUUUCUAUUUAAUUAAAAAAUUUAAUAAGAUUAAUUAUACAGAGAUAAUUUAAUAGAUAAAGUUCAAUUAAAUGCCUAAUCUAAAUUAAUACCUAUAUCUACUUAGCAUAAUAAAAAUCCAUCAACUUAUUUAGUAAAUCCAUAGCAAUAAUAGAUAUAAACUCGAUCAAAAUCAAUAUCUCAACACUCAAAAUAAAAUUAUCAUAAAUAAUUAAUAGAUUUAAAAAAAAGCAAAUAAAAUGAUGCUUUGAGCUAAUUACUUUUAGAGUAUCAUGAAUGA